CACACUCAGCCACAUAGAAUUCUUUCCUUUCUUCAAUUCGAAUCAAAAGAAAUCCACGCGAAACUUUCAAUUAAUUGAAAAAUAAAACCUUCGAAAAAUCUUAGCGAACUUAAGAACCUGCUUCAACACACCACACUUGAAUUUCUAGUAAAACUACAAUAACAAAGAUAAAGAAAAUGACUAAAUUACAAAUUGUCAUCGUGUGCGCCCUGCUCGCCUUCGUCGCCUGCAUCGCCACCAGCGACGCUGAGCCUCAACAACGCGGUCAACGUGUCUACUACCGCCCGGCCGCUGCUCGCUACCAGCGUCCACGCACACGCUAUCUGGCGCGCCAGGAGGAAAGUGCUGCCGACGUUGUGCCCGAAGCACCAGCAGUCACGCCCUACCCCUCAGCUGAUGAGUUGAAGCCCGCAGUGCCUUUUGAUGAAGGCGCACCCGCCACCAACAUUCCCGAUGAAGUGUACGGCCCACCAGAGACCAACCAGCCCGAUGAAGUGUAUGGCCCACCAGAGGUUUUCGGUAAUGAGCUGCCCGCUGGUUCGGCUGCUGAUGCUGCACCCGCUGAGGAUGUGCCCGCUGCUGACCCAGCUGCCGAGGACUUCCCGGCGCCUUUGGAUGAACAGCAAGCUCGUCUGGUGGCUGCUCGUCGCGCUGCUGCAUAUCGUCAACGUCAACGCAAGGCGGCUGCUUAUCGUCAAGCCUUGGCUGCCCGCGCUGCUGCCCGUCCCCUCAAAUACAAGGUGGUACCUCAGCGUCGCCACUAAGUUGUGAACCGAGAUGCUCCUGUGAGUGUGCUGCAGAAGCUCUGCAAAAAAGUUGUAAAUUUUUGUAAAAGUAAGAAAAUUUGACAAAACUUUUUAAGCUUAAUUGGAAAAAUG